UCGCUGGGAUGAGUUUUGACCUACGAUGGCUACCGUCAGCAGGAACCAUCAUCACAGGGAGUCUAAAAUACCAUUCAGACGGAAAAAAAUGCCUUUUAAAUCCCUCUGGACUUUCGCUUUUCUGAUAUUAACUGCAAGCCGGUGUUUUGCCGACGAUGAUCACGAGAUGGAAGAGUUUCUGAAGCGGGAGUUUUCCCUUUCCAAGCCCUACCAAGGUGUGGGAUCUUUAGGCUCCUCCCACUGGGAGCUGAUGGGGGAUGCCAUGGUAACCACCGACCAGGUGCGCCUCACACCUGACAUGCAGAGCAGGCAGGGGGCGGUAUGGAGCCGCAUUCCUUGCCAUCUGAAUGACUGGGAGAUGCAGGUGCACUUUAAGAUUCACGGGCAAGGAAAGAAAAACCUGAAUGGCGAUGGGUUGGCCAUUUGGUACACUAAGGAACGUAUGCAGAAAGGUCCUGUAUUUGGAAAUAUGGACAACUUUACUGGCUUGGGGGUGUUUGUGGACACAUAUCCCAAUGAGGAGAAACACCUAGAGGCACAGAAGAAAAGAUAUACUCCUCGCACACAGAGGAUCUUCCCCUUCGUUCUGGCCAUGGUUGGAAAUGGCAGCAUCAGCUACGACCAUGAGCGGGACGGUCGGCCCACAGAGCUCGGUGGUUGCAACGCCAUGGUGCGCAACCUCAAACACGACACCUUCCUCUUUAUCCGAUACAUCCGCCGCAGGCUCACGGUGAUGAUAGACAUCGAUGGGCAACAUGAGUGGAGGGACUGCCUAGACAUACCUGGGGUGCGGCUUCCCCAAGGCUAUUAUUUUGGAGCUACAGCCAUCACUGGAGACCUCUCAGAUAACCAUGAUAUUAUUUCCCUGAAACUCUACCAACUGACGGUGUUGCGGAGUCAAAAGGAAGAGGAAGAGGCGGAAGAGGAGAUAACCAUACCCAGCGUAGAUAACUUUGAACUACUCAGAAUGGGUCAGACUGAAGAAGGGAUGAGCGGAAUAGCUCUUUUCUUCACUGUGCUCUUCUCCAUGCUGGGUUUUAUCUUCCUCAUCGUCAUCGGCCUGGUGGUCUACAGCCACUGGAACGAGAGCCGGCGCAAGCGGUUCUACUGAAAACAGAAGGGGAAAGACGGCGACAAGUACUGCGGUCUGUGGACCCAAGAGGAAGAAAAGUGAGAUGCUUGCUGUCGUCCAGUAGGGCGCAGCAGAUUGUUUCAUCCUGAGGACAACAGUAGUCUGAUGGGAGACGGAGUAGACAAAGCCAUUCUCUAACUCUGCCAUUGGUAGUCAUGAAGCAGUAAGAGGACUUAAAUCACAGUCUGCCCUCAGCCCCCCCCUGCCUGACACACACCGACUCGGCCUUACCAUCUCCACCUCUGCAGACGUGCAGUAUGUCACAUGACUUCUUACGAGCAGCUACAUAUUAUUUUCUGUUACAGUUUGCUGCAUUUGACAACUAUGAAAUUCUCUGAGAUUUCUUUUUUAUUUAAUCUUCAGUUCUCUGAUGUUGAUUUUCUGGCUUUGAGAAAUAUAUAAGUCUCCAAUGUGUUGCUACUGGUGAUCCACCCGCAGUAUGAUUUGAAGCACUAACCAAAUACCACUAAAAAACCAACAAUGUCAUCUUUACUGUAGCUCCGAGCGAACUAAAGAUGGAUCUCUACUCCUAUUUGCAUUAGAAAAAAACAGCUGAGUGCUUUAUACUCUAUACUAUCAUUUUGAAUCUGUGUAUGUAUUAUAUAAUGUAUUCCCAUCCUGUAGUUGUAGUAUGCAUGACAUUUGUUGAGGUUAAUUCUCUGAACCACAUCGUUUUACGCGGUUAUGUGAAGCACAUGGAAAACUGAGCUCUGUCUCAUUGGUGCAUGUGGCAAAGAUUUUGGUGUUUCAGGGAAAUAUUUCUUAUUUUUAACAAUCAUAACAUAAAAUGUUUAUUCAUCCCCAUAUCCCUUCCCCAGAUUGUAUGCAUGUAUUUGAAAAAAUGGAUCAAAGUUUUAUGAUCAACUUAAAGCAAAUUCUUCCAAAUAUAUUUAAAGUAGAUAUUUAAAUGUCAGAAAUGGACUUUGCACUGAAGGGAGCGACUAAAGAGAAUUUAAAUGAUUAGUAAAUUUUCACUGACACUUUUUCUUUGCACACUGAAUAUUUAUGACCUUUUUGUUUGUGUUUCUUUUAAAAACACCACUGACUGUGUCAUGCAUUGUAUGGACUGAACAAAAAUGCUGGUUUGGCCUCAGGCCGCCGCUUUUGAAUCUGCACAAUCUUCUAUAUGUUCUGGAAAAAGUCCCAGGCCUCAUGUCAACAUCAUAUAUCUUUUAUGUAGUGCUUUGUUUUCAAUCGUGCAAUGUGUGGGAUCUUCCUCAUUUCCUGUAGAAACUGUGACAACCACCCUACCUUAUUCGUCCUCUGUUUGUUGCCUUUUGUAUGACAACCGUGUGCCUCAUGUAUCCAUUCAGUGACCCAUACAUGACAUUUUGUAACCAUUUUUAUCCGGUUUCUGUCCUGAAGUAUUAACACUGCGCCAUUAAAGCCCAAACAAGACCUA